AUGGCGGAGGACAACAAGGUGCUAUCAUUGCCACCAGUCAACCUAGAGGAUGAAGACGAGGAGUUGGCUGCGCCAUUUAGGCCAGAAUCUGAUUCAAUCCUGCUUUCGCCUUUGGGGCCAAACAACGUGGUCUCUAUGGCCACGCACAGUGGAUCGGAACCUGAGAUGAACAUAUAUAUUAAUAAUGGGCGGCUGCAUACUGAAGCGGUGAGGUCAUCCCAUUUCUUCGAGCUGUCUACUUACAACCGAUGGUUUUGCAUGCUCAACGGUAGACGAGCCGCACCUCGUUUCGACGAGCCCCAUGGCUGA